UUCAGCCUUAAAAGUUAAAACUAAAAAAACCAAAUUCAAAUGACUUCAUAAGAUGCUACGUCCGUGAUGAUGGCUCGAUCGUCCAUUGACUCCAUAAUCAAUCCAUUAAUAAGUUAGCAAGUUUAGAUAAAGAUAGGAAGUUCUUGCCUCUGGACAACGACAGAGAUACUAGUCAAACAUUCCUAUCGAUCUGGCCGCCCGAAAAGUUCAGAACGUAUCCAUUAUUCUUAAUCUGGACAUUUGUGUUCAAGACUUUCCUCUUUAUCAUAUGUUUUCGUUGAGUAAGUAAUAUUUAGCCCGUCGACCUUUUUGGAAGUUCUGAGUGUCGCCUUUGGAUCCAUUUUUGGGCGCUAUCCCUACCACAAGAUUUUGGUUUUGGUGACGCUCGUCUAUCAGUCGGAGCUGAUGGCAGCGUACGAAGGUUCGGAACUCGAUCCAGUCACAGGACUUUGCAUCGUUACCAGCAAAAAUGCUUGCCCUUUGGGAUACAAAUGCAUUGAUAGUACCUACGACCAGCAGAUGGAUGCGGAUCUGUGGAAAGAAUCCUUCUUGUCCAAAUCACAGCGACGCUAUUUCUGCAUUACCAGAUUUUUCCCCUUGGAUAAUGGACGAUUGAAUAAUGUUGUGGAAAGCAUGUGCCUUAUUAACGAGAAAAAUAAUGUGCUGCCAGGAUACACUUUGGUGGAUACGACGUACGAUACAAAUGAGCGGGCUAUACGAAAGAAGUACCUCACUGUGAAAAUGGUGCCGAGAUAUUCUGUCCAGGAAGCCAUUUGUGAAAUCAUUGUUCUGAACAAAAUGCCCAGAGCGCCAAAUGGCUACGACAGCAUCGGAAAAAUUGACGAGUUAAUUAUUUGCACACGAAAAGGCCGAGUGCCGCCUGAGAAUUUUAAAGCACUCUCCCCAUCUAACAGUGGUGCAAAUGCAUACAUGCUGCAGCAGUCAGAUGUUACGGGAGCUAAAACUCCAGAAAAGGAAAAGGGAAAGCCUAGUGGGACACUGAAACUGAAAUCUCCUUCCGUUGACACCCAGACAGGAUUAUCUCUGGCUAGGCGAGGAAGUCGGACCCUUCGUUUAAACAGCGUUACUGCAUCGCUUGGGGUGGAUGAUGUUCCGUUCAAAUUGGGACUUAUAGCGACAAAUUUGUCCGCUCGAAAAACUGCUCCAGUACCAACCAUUCCCCUAAUGACACUCGAGGACAUUGAAAAUAAGUUUAAAUACGACUUUUCCCUUGAGCGAAGAUUCUUGGCUGACUGUGAGCUGAGUGGUCAGUGAAACGACGAAUAUGGAUACGCCGUGGAUUCUGCUCCUUUAUAUUUAAUGUUUCCGAAUGUUUUGUUGCCCGGACAAUUAAAAAAAUGUUUAUGUGUUUAAUUUAUUCACUGUUCUGCUGUUCAGUCAACAGUUUAUGGCAAUUUUUGCCGGUCACAGUUUUGGUGGUGACCGUUGUAAUUUGUUGGUUUUCUGCUUUUACAACUUCUAUCUUUGUAUGUCCUCUUGGAUUUUUCUCCACAUUUUCUUAGCGGAGAAAUCUUCUUCAUUGUGUAGAUUAAAAUUAUAAUUUUAUUG